AAGGACGUUUCGUUAUUCGGUCUUGAUCCCAACGACAUGCCACGAUACGGCCUUCCUCUCCGAUCCGAACUGAUCCCAUCACGAAGUCUCUUUGAUCCAUCAUCACUGUUCCCGAUGUUCGAUCAGCCCAAACCUCAGCACUCUUAUAUUGGUCUCAUCGCAAUGGCAAUACUAUCGUCCCCAGACAAAAAGAUGGUCCUCAGCGAGGUGUACGAAUGGAUAAUGAUGCAUUACCCUUACUUCCGCACACGCGGUUCCGGCUGGCGAAAUAGCAUACGACACAAUCUUAGUUUGAACGAUUGUUUUGUCAAGGCUGGUCGAGCAGCAAAUGGAAAGGGCCACUACUGGGCAGUGCAUCCAGCAUGCCUUCGUGACUUCGAAAGAGGGGACUUCCGAAGACGAAGAGCUCAAAGAAAGGUACAAAAGUUACGAAUCAUAUUUCCAGCAUCUUUUCUUAUAUCAUUUUUAAAAAUAGUUUUGAUGGGUGGCAGACAUCUGAAGUGA